AAUCAAUUUUUAAUUUAAUUUUUUUUUAAUAGAAAAACUUUAGUAGAGGUUGUUAAGACAGUAUCUGUAUGAACGUACCUAGUACUUCCCCCUCAUUACGACUAUGGGGCCUGAUUAUAAUACUGUAGUAUUUUUGACCUUGCUUUGCGCUUUUGGACUUCUCGCUUGCCGUAGUUGUCAGUGCCGACUUCUGUUUGGGACGAACAGCAGAGAUGUUUGCGUAGCUGCUUCUAGGUUUCCUCUCUUUUUGAAACAUGUCUCUUCAUGGAGGAGGAAGCAGAGGAUUCUACUUCAACACCGUGUUAUCUCUGGCUCGGUCGCUGGCCGCUCACCGUCAGGCGCCCAUCGAGAAGGUCCAGAAGCUACAAUGUAUGUGUCCUGCAGACUUCAGAGGCGUCUUCCAGCUGGAUGAGAGGAGAAGGGAUGCUGUUAUUGCUCUGGGAAUUUUUCUAGUAGAGUCAAACCUGCAGCACAAAGAUGUCAUUGUCCCCUAUCUAGUUGGGUUGCUUAAAGGGCUUCCUAAGGUGCAGUGGAUUGAAGAAAGUUCAGAACGUAAAGGUAGAGAUACCCUUCCAGUCGCAGAGAACUUCAGCUUUUGUCUUGUAACACUUCUCUCAGAUGUCGCCCAGAGUGAUGAAGCCUUGCGAGGACAGAUCCUGGAGACGAUCAUGGACCUCAUGCAGGUGCUGCAAGAUAUCUGCAAAAAUCCGCAGAGUCAUGAUAAAGAAUAUCUCUGCAGGUACACUGUGCCUACGUUGCUAGGUGUGGCCCGAGCCUUUGGCCGAUACAGCAACACUGAUGAGCCGUUACUGUCCAAGCUGUUUCCACGACCGGUCGCUCCUGUGCUGCAGACGGGUGAUGAUGUUGAUGUUGCACGUAGAAGGUCCUUCAAUGACUUCCGUUCCAUCCUGCCAAGCUCCUUGCUCACGGUGUGUCAGGGAGACACAAUAAGACGUAAAGGCUCUUCCGUGUCUAGUGUUUCCCAACAGGCCAGUCCAGAGAGAGCAGGCCUGAUCUCCAGCUCACCAGCUGAUCCCUCUGCACAGUAUUUUGAAGGCUCAUACCUCCCUGAUGGCAGUGCAGUGGACCCUGAUUACUACUUUUCCACCAUCAGCUCCAGUUUCUCAGUCUCCCCUCUUUUCACUGGAAGCAGCUCUGGGGACUUUCAUGUCCCCCUGGAUAUGCUCAGACAACUCCUUCACAUGGUCGAACAGUUUGUGUCAGAGUCGUUUUUAAAAUCCCUGGAUGACACAUUGGCAGAACAUCUGCAGUUGAAUCCUGGUCUUCAUCUGUACUAUAAGACCUUCAGUGAUCCUUUGUAUGUAGCUAUAUUUAAAAUGCUCAGAGACACCCUGUAUAAUCUGAAAGACCUCCAGACGGAUUAUGUGAAGGAGGUUCACGACUUUGUGCUGGAGCAGUUCAGCAGCAGCCAGUCGGAGCUACAGAGGAUCCUGCAUGAUGUUGAGUACCUGCAGAGUGAACUGAGCCCGCUCAAGCUGCGCUGUCAGGCCAAUGCUGCCUGUGUGGACCUGAUGGUGUGGGCUGUCACUGAGGAACAGGGGGCCGAGAACCUUUGCACUAAGCUGUCAGAGAAGCUACAGUCAAAGACGUCCAGUAAAGUCAUCAUUGCUCACAUGCCUCUGCUCAUUUGCUGCCUACAGGGUUUGGGGCGUCUUUGUGAGCGCUUUCCUGUGGUGGCCCAUUCUGUCACUAUGUCUCUGAGAGACUUCUUGGUGGUUCCUUCUCCUGUUCUGGUCAAGCUGUACAAAUAUCACAGUCAGUGCACCACAGCUGGUGGAGAGAUUAAAAUCCACGUGACCAACGAAUAUUCACAGUCAACCCUUAGCAGUAAUUCUAGCAAGAAGAGCCAGCCGUCCAUGUAUGAGCAGCUGCGAGACAUCUCCAUUGACAACAUAUGCAGGUGCCUGAAAGCAGGAUUGACUAUGGACAACGUCAUUGUAGAAGCUUUUCUUGCCAGUCUGUCGAACCGUCUCUACAUCUACCAGGAAAAUGACAAGGAUGCCCACCUGAUCCCAGACCACACCAUCAGGGCUUUGGGUCACAUUGCUGUAGCCCUACGCGACACCCCCAGGGUGAUGGAACCCAUUCUGCAGAUCCUGCAGCAGAAGUUCUGUCAGCCUCCGUCCCAGCUUGACGUCCUCAUCAUAGACCAGCUUGGCUGCAUGGUCAUCACAGGCAAUCAAUACAUCUACCAGGAGGUCUGGAACUUGUUCCAGCAGAUAAGCGUCAAAGCCAGUUCUAUGGUCUACUCCACUAAAGACUACAAGGACCACGGAUACAGACACUGUUCUCUGGCUGUGAUAAAUGCUCUGGGGAACAUAGCAGCGAACCUUCAGGCCGAGCAGAUGGUUGACGACCUGCUGGUCAACCUACUGGAGCUGUUUGUUCAACUGGGUUUAGAGGGGAAGAGGGCCAGCGAGAGAGCCUCAGACAAAGGCCCGGCCCUGAAGGCUUCAAGCAGUGCUGGAAACCUUGGUGUCCUUAUUCCAGUUAUUGCAGCACUGACUAAGAGGUUGCCACCCAUUAAGGAAGCAAAGCCACGUCUGCAGAAGCUUUUCAGGGAUUUCUGGCUCUACUCUGUUGUCAUGGGCUUUGCUGUGGAAGGCUCAGGUUUGUGGCCAGAAGAAUGGUACGAAGGAGUUUGUGAGAUUGCAACCAAAUCACCUCUGCUGACGUUUCCCAGUGGAGAACCUUUACGCUCAGAACUGCAGUACAACUCUGCACUGAAGAACGACACUGUGACCCCGGCAGAGCUGAAUGAUCUGCGCAGCACCAUCAUCAACCUGCUGGAUCCUCCUCCUGAGGUGUCUGCUCUCAUCAACAAACUGGACUUUGCCAUGUCAACGUAUCUGCUGUCUGUUUACAGAUUGGAAUACAUGAGGAUGCUGCAUUCUCUGGAUUCUGAUCGUUUUCAAGUCAUGUUUCGAUACUUUGAAGACCGAGCAAUACAGAAGGAUAAGUCUGGCAUGAUGCAAUGUGUGAUUGCGGUCAGCGACAAGGUUUUCGAGGUGUUCCUGCAAAUGAUGGCUGAAAAGGCAAAAACCAAAGUCCAUGAGGAGGAGCUUGAACGACACGCUCAGUUCCUCCUGGUCAACUUCAACCACAUCCACAAGAGGAUCCGCCGAGUGGCCGACAAAUAUUUGUCUGGCUUGGCUGAAACGUUCCCCCACUUGUUGUGGAGUGGCCGUGUGCUGAGGACCAUGUUAGACAUUCUGCAGACUUUGUCCCUCUCACUCAGUGCAGACAUCCAUAAAGACCAACCUUAUUAUGACAUCCCAGAAACCCCAUACAGAAUCACCGUCCCGGACACGUAUGAAGCCAGAGAGAGCAUAGUGAAGGAUUUUGCUGCUCGUUGUGGGGAGAUCCUUAAAGAAGCAAUGAAAUGGGCUCCUUCUGUGACCAAAUCACACCUGCAGGAGUAUCUGAACAAACAUCAAAACUGGGUGUCAGGUCUCUCGCAGCACACGGGCCUGGCUAUGGCCACAGAAAGCAUCCUGCACUUUGCUGGUUACAACAGACAGAGCACUGCCCUGGGAUCCACCCUUUUGACUGAGAGGCCAGCAUGUGUUAAGAAGGACUACUCAAACUUCAUGGCUUCCCUAAACCUCAGGAACAGAUACGCUGGAGAGGUUUCCGGUAUGAUUCACUUCGCCCAAGCGGUGCGUGGACAGUCAGAUCUGAACCGGCUCAUGAUCAAACAGAUGGGCGAGGCUUUGGACUCAGCGCAGCCUGAAGCGUUUACAGAGGCCAUGUUUAAACUGGCUGCCUUGCUCAUUAGCACCAAAGACUGUGACCCCCAGCUUCUUCAUCACCUUUGCUGGUCUCCACUUAAGAUGUUCACAGAGCAUGGCAUGGAGACGGCUAUUGCAUGCUGGGAGUGGCUGCUAGCAGCGCGUGCUGGAGUGGAAGUACCAUUUAUGCGAGAGAUGGCAGGAGCGUGGCAGAUGACCGUGGAGCUGAAGAUGGGCUUGUUCUCAGACGCCCAGGUGGAGGCUGACCCUCUGGCUGCAUCAGAGGAAAGUCAGCCUGUGCCCUGUCCUCCAGAUGUCACCCCACACUACAUAUGGAUUGAGUUCAUAGUCCAGAGAUUUGAGAUAGCAAAGUAUUCUAGCGCAGAUCAAGUGGAGAUCUUCUGCAGUUUGCUUCAGCGCUCACUUUCACUCAACGUCGGUGGGGCUAAGAGUGGCCUUAACCGCCACGUUGCUGCCAUUGGAUCUCGUUUCAGGCUGCUGACUCUGGGUCUGGCUCUGCUCCACUCCGAUGUUGUUACCAAUGCCACUGUGAGAAAUGUUCUUAGAGAAAAGAUCUACUCUACAGCCUUUGAUUACUUCAGCGUUUCUCCAAAAUUUCCCACCCAAGGGGACAAGCGGCUUCGCGAGGACAUCUGCAUAAUCAUCCGCUUCUACGCGAGCAUCCUGUCAGACAAGAAGUACCUGGCUGCAUGCCACCUGGUCCCACCUGGUGAGCUUGGCACUACCCCAGCCCCGAGCACGCUCUCAGCUGGAAUAUUUGGAUCGCUUAUCGUGUCCAGCACUUCUCCGAUAUCUAUCUUAAAUAAUCAGGACCCAUCACUAAACAGUCUGUCGGUGAUGAAUGCUGCCGACCUCAGAAGCACCUUGGACUCCAGCUCUCGAUCCCAGCAGAGCGGCCAGGGCUGGAUCAACACCUACCCACUGUCCAGCGGCAUGUCCACUGCAUCCAAGAAAUCAGGCACAUCUAAGAAGAGCAACCGUGGGACGCAGCUUCACAAAUACUACAUGAAACGCAGGACUCUCCUUCUGGCCUUACUGGCCAGUGAGAUUGAACGGUUGACGACGUGGUACAACCCCCUGUCCACUCAGGAGCUGGCCAUCGCCACAGAGCAGUCAGUGGAGACCAGCAUCGCCAACUGGAGAUCCAAGUACAUCAGUCUAACUGAGAAGCAGUGGAAAGACAACGUCAACUUGGCCUGGAGUAUUGCACCUUACCUCGCUAUGCAGUUACCCACAAGGUUUAAAAAUGACGUCAUCGUUGCUGAGGUUACCAGACUGGUGAGACUGGACCCUGGAGCAGUCAGUGAUGUACCUGAGGCUGUUAAGUUCCUAGUCACAUGGCACACUAUCGACGCAGACUCUCCUGAGCUGAGUCACAUCCUGUGUUGGGCGCCGGCAGACCCACCCACUGGUCUGUCCUACUUCAGCAGCAUGUACCCUCCUCAUCCUCUUACUGCUCAGUACGGGGUUAAGGUGCUACGCUCCUUUCCUCCAGAUGCCAUCUUGUUCUACAUUCCUCAGAUUGUGCAGGCUCUCCGCUACGAUAAGAUGGGCUAUGUCAGAGAGUACAUUCUGUGGGCAGCCCAGAAGUCUCAGCUUCUCGCCCACCAGUUUAUUUGGAACAUGAAGACCAACAUUUUCAUGGAUGAGGAAGGACACCACAAAGACCCCGACAUUGGGGAUCUGUUGGAGCAGAUGGUCGAGGAGAUCACAGGUUCUCUGUCGGGUCCAGCCAAAGACUUCUACCAGAGGGAGUUCGACUUCUUUAACAAGAUCACCAACGUGUCUGCCAUUAUCAAGCCUGUCCCAAAGGGAGAGGAGAGGAAAAGGGCAUGUCUAAAAGCUCUGUCAGACAUCAAGGCCCAACCAGGCUGUUACCUUCCAAGUAACCCUGAGGCUAUAGUGCUUGACAUAGACUACAAAUCUGGCACGCCCAUGCAGAGCGCUGCCAAGGCACCUUAUCUGGCCAAGUUUAAGGUUAAGCGCUGUGGGGUGAGUGAGCUGGAGAGGGAGGGUCUCCGCUGUCCCUCGGAGUCGCUGGAAGAUGGAGAGGAGAAUCCGGAUGGGUCCCGCAAAGUUUGCUGGCAGGCCGCCAUCUUUAAAGUGGGAGAUGACUGCAGACAGGACAUGCUGGCUCUGCAGAUCAUUGGGCUUUUUAAGAAUAUCUUCCAGCUGGUGGGGCUGGAUCUGUUUGUCUUCCCCUAUAGAGUUGUAGCCACUGCACCAGGGUGUGGCGUGAUCGAGUGCAUCCCAGACUGUAAAUCCAGAGACCAACUUGGCCGACAGACUGACUUUGGGAUGUACGAUUACUUCCGCAACCAAUAUGGUGAUGAAUCGACCCUCGCUUUCCAGAAGGCUCGGUACAACUUCAUCCGCAGCAUGGCUGCCUACAGCCUCCUGCUGUUCCUGCUGCAAAUAAAGGACAGACACAACGGCAACAUCAUGCUGGACAGUAAAGGCCACCUCAUCCACAUAGACUUUGGCUUCAUGUUUGAGAGCUCUCCUGGAGGUAACCUGGGUUGGGAGCCAGACAUCAAGCUGACAGACGAGAUGGUGAUGAUCAUGGGAGGAAAGAUGGAGGCCACGCCUUUCAAGUGGUUCAUGGAGAUGUGUGUCCGAGGGUACCUGGCUGUACGGCCUUACAUGGAUGCAGUGGUUUCCCUGGUGACCCUUAUGCUGGACACUGGACUGCCGUGCUUCAGGGGACAAACCAUUAAACUCCUCAAAGGACGUUUUAAUCCACAAAUGAGUGAGAAAGAAGCUGCAGCAUUUAUCAUCAAAAUAAUCCAAAGCUGUUUCCUCAGUAGCAGGAGCAAAACCUACGACAUGCUGCAGUAUUACCAGAACCAAAUCCCUUAUUGAAGACCUGCUGACUUGCACUGACCGUCCUCACAAGCAAUGCAACCUUCUUUAAUAUGGUAGUGGACGCCCCUGACAGGCUGCUGCUCUAUGGACCCAUCUGCUACUUACAGGCAAUACUGUGGCACUUGUUAGAGCCUGUUUUAAGUUAUAUCUGAGUAUGGAAGUAAGUAGUAGUUUAUUUACCGUGUGAGUAAAGAUCAAUGUAGGACCUUUAACAAAACAGGUAUUUAUAUAUAAAUAUAUAUACAAUCACCCUUAAAGUAUAUGUUGUUCUUCAGCAGAUAUUAAUGGAGCUGUUACACUAGAGGAAGGUGGCCAUAAGUAGAGCCAGUGUUGUUAUCAUUGUUAUUACCAAGCUUUUAUCCACUUUAUGCACUUUAUAGAUUACUGUAUCAUGUUUCAUCGGCAGAUGAAACAUGACCAACAAGCCUCACUUCAAUCAGAUGAUAAUUUAAUUUUAGUGUUGUGAGAUCAGAUUAAAAUCAGUGCAGUACUUCAAGAGCCUUCAGAAACGUCCAGGUGUUAAGAGAUUAAUGAUGAGAGUUAAUGAUGUAGUUUAUACUGUAGAGAAGCAGGGUCACGGGGAGUAUAUCACAUUAUGUCAUAAUCCCUAACCUCAUGUUGGUCUUUCAUGCAGGAUGUUCUGUACAUGACUUUAUUGACUAGAGGAGUUGAACAGUUCAAAAUUUGAACCGUUAUCGAGUGCAGGGCUGAGACAUUCAUGGCUGUGGUAUGAAUAUUUGUGAUAUGCUGUAACCGCGAUUUGUCCCGGCAUUGAACGAACAUUAUAUGUUACAACUAAACCUUUAUUUAGCCUUUUCUGAAAAAUAGUAUCCUAAUGCAACCAUCUAAUAUGAUAACAGUUCUACAAAAUCAACCUGCAGCUGCAACUUCAACUACAGGUUGUGAAGUUCCUGUAGGGGAUAAAACAAACGGGAAGAAGCGGAACCAGGAGGCUUUACCCCCAAAUACGCACAAGAUGAAGAGUCCCUGCUGGAAAUACUCACACCACUUCUCAUCACACACUGUUUAUCAGAUUUUUAACGUUUAGGCUUAAUAAAUCUGCAAACAUCUUAGUUGUUAGGUGUUGAUUCAAUAGAAGCCGCUUCAUUCAUUUAAAACAAAAUGUCAGACUCGGUGCAUAAAGUAAAAGGACCUGAAUACUUCCUGGAACCACAGUAUUCUGUUAAAGGUGUGUACCUUCUUAUUGUGUAACUCAGUUUGGAAACAUUCCACCUGUGUUUGAGUUGUGGUACAGUAGAGAGGAUUUGACCUAAAAGCCAUCACUCCUACCCCUGGUAGAAACACAACUGUAGUAAUACUUGACAAUUAUGACUUUAUGCAAUUUAAACAUGUAUUUUAACUUGUUUGUGUGUUUUUAUGAUCUCUACCAUGCUGAAUCUUUAGUGUGAAAUUUUGUGUUGCAGUUGUGACUUGCUGUUGCAGACCUGAGGUCUGAGGACUGUCUUUAACACUACAGACGCUCCUCUGGUUAGUGGCCGUUUCUGCUGUGAUCUGUUUUACUGAGUUGCUGUUGUUUCACGUGUUCGUCAUCCAUUAUGUCGCUGUUGUCAGUGAGCGUCAUGGUUUACUCUACAUAUUGUUUGUGGCACCAUCGUUGCCGGUUCCUAUGAAGACAAGAGCAGUUGUUCUGAACAUGUGACUCGUCUUUAUUUCCAGAUUAAAUAUUUUAUCAGUGUA